AUGUUUCGCGCCGCCCCGAAGUUCAGACCAUUAGCACGUCCCUCGACUCUUUACCGCCCGCUUAGCACCACCGCCCAUCUUCGCCGUCUCGCCCGGCCCACCGACCCUGCCAGAUCCCACACGGUCAGCUUCCAGCCACCGCCGCUGUUCACCCCUCUUCGCAUCGCCACCUUUUUCCUCUACACAUCAUGUCUUGUUGGCUACGUCUGGUACUUUUUUCCCGAGAUCGAGAUUGAGAUACAGGAAGGGGAGGAACAAGAAGAGGAGGAAGAGGCCGAGGACGAUGAGCCUGUAUUCUUCAUCCCUCUGACUUGGGCCAAAAAAUUGCCUCGCUCCUUUUACAAAGGCUCCGACCCUGAGUGGCAAGAGUUUGUCAAGGUCUCAAAAGACAAGGCUCGCCACAAGAAGAUUCAAUCCGAACUGGUCAAAAUAGUCUACGACACCGCUCAGAAACACCCGGCUUUCGUUAAGCAGCUCGGUCGCGACACCAAGGUUGGUCAAUGUUGGCUCGACAUCAUCUUUCCAGAUGGCCCUCCUCAGGAAUACGCACGUGCUGGCAUCGAGAUUGGCGACGACUACGUCUCAUAUGGCAUCCAACGCAUCGAUGCCCAACAGCAACACCGGAUCAAUCGCACCCUAUGGCCAACAGCUGCUUUUAACGGUGCCUACAACAGCGGUAAGGUGCUUCUUGGCUUUCAAUAUCAUCGCCUGAAACAGUUGCUGGGCUGGGAAGUCGACUCCACGCCUGGCAGCCAAGACGCCAAAUACACACAACUACUGCAACUGCUGCAGGCUCAACAAGCCCAGCAGGCCGAGCAGGCAAAAACACAAACGGGUGCUGGAACGCCAGAAGCAGACAAAUCCCAGGCCAGUGCUUCAUCGCUGCUCCCAUGGGCACUCAAGGUUCCCCAAGCCCCUUCGAGCAUAGAAAUGCCGAUAGCCCAACACAUCUUCCUCGCCACAUUGGCACAGGGAAAAAUGCCCAAGAAGAUGGAGCCACCGAGAGGAAGUUUUGUCGUUCAGGGAUUGAUUCAGCUCAAGGGCAGCAGAUCUAUCUUGACACUAGACGUGCAAGCUUUCUACGAUCCCAAGGCUAGCCAUUUCUCUGUCGUGAACGCGACUCCCAGGACCAUCAAACAGCGGAGACAGUCACCGAAGGGCGGCGACUGA